GCUUCUUCAAAUUGAUAAACAACACUUGAAGACGAGACGCACAAAGGAGACGCUCUCGGAUAAAGUUCACUUUUUAAAAUUUAGAAUCUAACACGAUUAGACACAUGACGUCAUAGUUUCUGAGUGGGAAGUCACUUUAUUCUAAGCUUGCAAAAAGUGCUGAGUGGAUGCCUUUGGAGGAACAGGUGGCGCACGCCCCCACCUAACCCACCCCGGCCCCAGACUGUCUUUAUUUGUUCAAUUAGCGGCGAUACCCACUCACUCGGUACCAGGAGCGUCUUCGGCAGAGAACACCCAUCCCGCGAAGGUGCGCACAAGAGACGCACGGCGAGGACGCAGCCAUGCCGGUAGCCGACUGCGACGUGCCGCUGGAGGGGAGCAGCAGUAGCAGCGGCAGCAGCACCCACGAGGGCAGCGGCGGGGCAGAGGGCAUUCUCCCGGCCUCGCUGGCCAGCCCAGCCGCCGACAUCCUGAAAAACUUUUACCACACCAAGCGGGUCGGCAACUACCUGAUCGGCAGGAAGCUGGGAGAGGGCUCCUUCGCCAAAGUCAGGGAGGGUCUCCAUGCUCUCACUGGGGAAAAGGUGGCGGUGAAGGUGAUCGACAAGCGCAAGGCCAAGAAGGACUCGUACGUCACCAAGAACCUGCGGCGCGAGGGCCACAUCCAGCAGAUGAUCCGCCACCCCAACAUCACACAGCUGCUGGACAUCCUGGAGACGGAGAACAGCUACUACCUGGUGAUGGAGCUGUGCCCCGGCGGCAACCUCAUGAACCGCAUCUACGACAAGAAGCGGCUGGACGAGCGCGAGACGCAGAAGUACAUCCGGCAGCUGGUGCUGGCCGUGGAGCACCUGCACAGGGCGGGCGUGGUCCACAGAGAUCUGAAGAUAGAAAACCUCCUGUUGGAUGAGCAGGACAACAUAAAGCUCAUAGACUUUGGACUGAGCAACUGCGCCGGCAUCCUGGGAUACUCUGAUCCAUUCAGUACCCAGUGUGGGAGUCCCGCCUAUGCCGCCCCUGAACUGCUCUCCAGGAAGAAAUAUGGACCCAAAGUGGACGUUUGGUCCAUCGGGGUGAACAUGUACGCCAUGUUGACGGGGACGCUUCCCUUCACCGUGGAGCCCUUCAGUCUGCGGGCCCUGCACCAGAAGAUGGUGGACAAGGAGAUGAACCCUCUACCGCCAUCACUCUCCACAGCCGCCAUCUGCCUCCUGAAGAAGCUCCUCGAGCCAGACCCGAACAAGCGGCCCAACAUCCACCAGGUGAUGGCGGACUCCUGGCUGCAGCUCGCCAACAAGAACACAGGCGCGCCGUACCUCAACAGGAUCCACAUUGAGGAAAUCAACCACACGGUGUUGCUGCACAUGACGGAGAAGAUGGCGUACAAGCACAGCGAGGUGCUGAGCGCCGUGCUCACCAACCGCGCCUGCCACACCCUGGCCGUGUACUUCCUCCUCAACAAGAAAAUGAAGAGACUGUCCAAAGAGUACAGGGAAAUGCAGUUCCAGGAGAAGAAGAAAGGGGACAAGCAGAAGAACGAAUACUUCCAGACACAGUGGAGGAAGCACGUGGACAAGCUCACCAUCCCGCCCAAACAGACGCCUGUCUACCUGGCGGUGAGCAAGGGACCCACCAAGGAGAAGAAGCCCCGCACAGGUCUGUUACGUGCUAUAACUGGUGGCCAUCGUAACUCACCCCUGGCUCCGCCCGGCACCGUUGCGUCCUCCUCCAUGGAAUACCUGGAGAUCCAGCCUCUCUUCUCCAACACGCCGCAGCAGCGGAGGCGCCUAGCCACGCUCCCGCCGGUUAACACCAGUCCGGAGCACAACAUCCCCGCUCCGCCGGCGCCAUCGCCCAUCGGCAUGCACUCCUUCGGCUCCCUUUCCAAAGCCGAGCAAAUCGAAGACACUCCGGUGUCGCCGUGGUACAAGCUGACCAACGGGACUCUGUCGCCACCGCGCCACGUCUCCGCCUUCCAGCCGGACUCGUCCUACUUGAAGAAGGCCACAAUCCCCAGUCCGCCCGUUCUUAUCGUCAACCCGCAGCCAAAGAAGAGCAUUUCCACCGACUGGUGCGGUUCCUCCGACACCAGCGGGAGCCCUCCCAGCACCAUCGGAAGUCCAGCCGGCAGCUCGGCCUUCAGUCCGCCCAGGUCUGCUUUCAGCGCCCUCAACCCCUCGUCGGCGUUCAGUCCCCCAUCCAACAGCAGCAGCAGCGACCCCGACAGCCCCACGCACCGCAGCAAGUUCCCCUCCAUGGGGAUUGGACAGAUGCUGAAGAAGAAGGUCCAGCUGCAGCCGUUCACCUUCCGACCGGAACAGGUCGUAGAGGAAGUGGUGUCCCCGCCUCCUUACCCCAUGCAGACGCUCCUUUGCGCUUCAGUGAGCCACUUUGGUUUGAAAAGGUUCUUCAGGUGACGUCAGGACAAUGAGACUUGGAACGCGUCCUGAAGCAAUGACUCAAAUGUCCUAGAUAGAGUGGACAGAGGACACCAUGUACUACACACACACACACACACACACUGUAAUAUACACUGAGUUAUGUAAUAAUAACUGAGCCGCAGACUGAUUCACACCAGCUAAACGACCCAGCUCUUCCCCCCUCCCUGAAUACACGUCUAUGCGUUUUGUGUCGUCUGUGAAAUCAUUUUUAAAACUCCUUGAACGGACCUCCAGCUCAGCCGGCACCGCCGUAUUCCUCAGCGCUGACUGGAAGGCCGAGCUCGCUGCACUAGCCUGGAAAAACCAAAAUGUCUGGGAAUCAGAGUUGUUUACCACCUUUUACCUCACGCUCGACUGUGACGACGAUUAAGUACAAGUAGGUGCCAUGUCUUUUGGUUGUCGUAGCAACCUUCAUCCUUCCCGUUUGACUUUUUAUACCAGAGCGCUUCCGCUUCUGCUACUGGCUGGCAGUUAAAGUAUGUCCAUUAGUACACCAGUACAUUUAAAAAAAAAACACUUCUGGAAACACAUCAGCAAAAAGUCAAGUGCAUGCCAAAGCAACUAUAAGCCCGAACUGUAAAGGGCAUGGUAGCCAAUCAAGAGCCAGAGGAAAGCCAUUUCUGGAAAAGACACAAUGGCAGUCAUCAAUGUAGAAAAAGAAGAAUCAUUUGUGUAUCAUACUUGAAUAUAAAGUUAACAAAACAGUCAACAAUGAGGCUAGUUUUGCGAUCUAUGAACAAGUGCUGAAAAAUGCAAAUGCAUGUGAAUAAAAGGCCAAAAUGCAAAAAUAUACAAAAUGUGUAAACCCGUGUUUAUGUGGACAUCUGUCUCACCUGUUUCUAGUCACUUUUAAAGAAAAGAAAAAACAUAAAAAUACAGCGGAUCCUUGGUUUUCAUUGUUAAUUUGUCACAGAAGGUCAGAGGAAAAUCCCAAACAUACAAAAAAACAAAGCAAAUUUUCCCAUAGGCAAUAAUGUCAAUUCAAUUAUUCCAUUACAGACACAAAAACAUGAAGAAAAAUACAUUUUACAUAGAAUAAUUCUAAUUAUACAUGCAGAAAACAAGGAAUGGACACAACUUAUUGUGUAUGUGGACUUCCCGUACAUCACCUUCUUUGUCAAAGUCGUCAAAAGCAACUUUCUUUGGCCCCAUGGUGGGUUAUCGAGCAACCGUACUGCUAGGGUGCCGACUAGUUUGUUACGUGCAAUACUGUCCAACAACCGAGGCAAAAUGUUCAAUGAAAACCAAGAGUUGGCUGUAUGGAAAAAAAUAAUAAAUUGAGCCUUAGAAAAACUGGACUCACCUCGAGAAAAUGGUGAGACAAUGUUUUUUGUUUGUUUGUUUUUUUUAAAAAAAGAAACACAAUCCACUUCCUUUUUGUCUUAAUGCUGUAGUUUGUGCAAUAGUCUUAAGUGUUACAACUAACUGUUUGCCAAGAUGUAAAAACAACAAUGUAAAUAGCAGUAAGACUUCCAUGUUCCCGUCAUCCGUCUCUACAAAGCCAUCUUACGUGCUUCGGGCUUCGCACUGUUAAAAUUCCAAUUUAAAAGUUGCAUGCAAUGUUGUGACUGUCAAAAUUUGAAAUGAUUUCAUGAAGGAAUUCUAUGAAUGACGACGUCUUUGUACUUUUUUUGGUGCGGGUUCAUACAGAGAUUGCUACUGGAGGGGAGGUCUUUUGUAAGAUUUUGUAAUGGAUGGUUUUGUUUGUUUGUCAAGAGAUUUCUAUGCUGUAAAAAGUUAUUUUAAAUAUUUAUAUUGAACUCAUUAAUGCCUUUGUCUCUUAUUUGCACACCCUGACGUCUGACUGAAAUGAAAUAUUUUAGGGGGUGGGGGGAUUAUGUCUCCGGGAGUCUCCCUACUGAGAGUGCUGACCCCUUGUGCCCGAAGGAAAUGGAUGGAUGGAAGUAGGGAUGAGAUCACUUCAUGGGAUGAGAUGGGAUUUUGACAUUAUCAGAAAUAUAUGAUAAUACAUGGCACUCUGUGUGUAUGCUCGUGGCCCCGCCUCCACCCACCAAGACAGACUGACAAACUCUGUUCAUUCCGUUGUUCAAUGGAACA